AUGAUCUUCCCUCUUUCUCCACUACGCGACCUCGCCAAUCAAUCAUUACUGUCUUCGCCUUGUGACAAGUUACCGGUGAAGAAGCUUUGUAAGGAAUGUCGCAAUGCGAGGAAUGGAACAGGGGAACAUCGUUUGCGAAUAAGUCUUGAGGGCUCCGGAGGGAUUAUUGAUGAGCGGGGUCCUCGAAUGUUGACCGGAAACAACGCGUCGUCUUUCUGCUGGCAAGACAUCAACGCAAUGAAGGAGGAGCACGAGCAUGCAGGCGGCACGGUGGUCGUGGUCCUAGAAGUCUACGCGACCGAGAACGAGACCCUUGUAAUUUUCAAUCUCUUUGACUCCCGUUCGUUGCUCCUCCGCCCACGCGACACUCCAUUCCUGCAACUUGCCCUCUUCACGGUGAUCGAAGAAGACAUAGCACGUCAGCCUACCCGGCGGGCGUUCGGACUGUUCAUUGAAAAUAAUGAAGUGUGGUCGACGGGGACGGACGGAGAAGAAUUAACGAAGUGCCGCGGAAAGGUUGCUCAACGUUGGAUCUGCACCUACAUCGACGAGAUCAACAGCAGACGAUACACCCGGUUGCGGAACUCUUACCCGUUAGUCCUAGCUGGAAUUGCCUCUGGGGGGGUCAACAGGCUCGCAUUCGAUGCCAAUGUGGGAACGGCGAGGAAUAGGCAUCGUACUGGGCUAUACAGCCGGCGUUUGACGAGGUAA